CGAUUGUUCCGAGUUUUCUCCAAUCUUAACCGCCGCUCUUCACUGUUUGCAGAGGAGGAGAAGAGCUUCAACGCCACCAUUGUCUACAACUCUAUCUUCAGCACCACCGACGAGGCGACGACCCUUCUCUCUUCCAACUCGCCGCUUAUCAUCUCACGGAAUCUCUGUAUUCAUCGUCCUCUUUCUCAGACGCCGUGCAAAACGAAGUUGAACUGCGUUUUCUUCUCACAGUUUGCUCCAAACAACCUCAGAUGCACUACAAAGUAGCAAAACUUAAAUGCUACAAGUAGAGUAUGGACAGAAUAACAUUUGGAAGAAAGGUUAAUGCAGAAUGUCAGAAGAAAUGUUGAUGGCAACUCACUUAGAGUUAACUUCUGUUCAUCUGGCUGAUGUAAUCACAUUGUCUAAGAGUUAUUUUUAUCUCCUAGGUCGCAAGCUUCCAUGGUCAUCUGAUUUUGACUCCAAAUGGGUUUUGGUUUCUUGUUUUUAAACUCUUUUAACAAGAGGAAGAUGGAGGAGAAAAGAAUAGCAUUUUGAUGGAAUCAAACAGAGAAGAAAGCUUGGAAAGCGGGGGAAAAUCAGAAAGAGGAUUCUUAAAACCACAAGUUUCUUGCGGCGGUGAAACUAGGGUUUAUUAAUUGCUUGUUGGUACUUCCUGAAGUCCUUGAGUUACAGACUACCAUGGCAUCCACUUCAGGAACUGAAUCUACUGAAACUCCGAUAUCUUCAUUGAGCUCAAAAGAAGCAGAGAAGCCUCAGAUAGAGCCGUUACGGCUGCCCACAAUUGAGGAAAUCCGUGGCCAAGACAUCUGGAACAACUGUGCUGUCCGGAGUGUAGUUAGUGGAGUAUUGGGAGGUGGGUUAGGGUUUUUCAUGGGUCUGUUUUUUGGGGCACUGGAUAAUCCUUUGACGAACCCCCUGGUGCAAGAGGAAAUGACUGCAAAGCAACAAUUCAUCUAUACGGCAAAGCAAAUGGGGAAAAGGAGUAUUAGUUCGGCCAAGACCUUUGCAUUGAUGGGACUGAUCUUCUCAGCUGCAGAAUGUGUUGUUGAGAAGGCACGGGCGAAGCAUGACAUGACAAAUACUGUUGUUGCUGGGUGUGCAACUGGAGGGUCAUUAUCAGCAAAGGGAGGACCAAAGGCGGCAUGUGUUGGUUGUGCAGGUUUUGCUACGUUUUCAGUUCUGAUUGAGAAAUUUCUUGACAGACAUAAUUGAUUCAAUGGGUAUUUGGUUGCAACUUUGUAUACUGAUUCUUCUCGGCUUAUUUAGUUGAGUUGAUAUAUGAUGAAGUGCAGUUUUACUGAGUGUUCCAAAUCAAAGUGGAUAUUCCUUAUUUUUCAACCUUAAUCAUGAUUCAUUUGUUUCCCAAUUUUUUUGAGGGCAUGUCACAAGCAACUUAUUACAGCCCUUCCGAUGUGGUUUCUUUGGUCGGCUGAAUGUUAACAAAGCAAUCAAAGUGAUUUAAUGCUAUAGAAACUCUACAUGUAACAAUUUAACAAUUUAAUAAAAAUUCAUGGAGAACAUGUCAAGAA